CGUGUCCGCGCUCUCGUGGCUCUCGUGCACCAGUGGUUUCCGUUUUGUUUCCUUAUUGUUGCUAGUCCUCGGCCAGGCGGGGAUUUCUGCGCAGCGCUCUGGAGAAACGUGGAAUUUGCGCUUUGAACCUUCAGACUCGUUAAACGGUGACAGCUUUUCAUAGAUCUGCCAACGUUGAAAUCAAAAGCGGCCUGCUGUGUAGCAAUGGAAGCCGACCAGAAUCAGGAAGUUCCAGAGACUGUCGCUGAGACACAGGAAGUGGCGGUGCAACAAGAGGAGAAAUCGGAGCCUAGGUCUGAAGAGGUGGCACCUUCAGAGCCAGCAGAUCCUCCAAAAGCGGCCCCUGAACCCGAGAAGACCCCAGAGACGGAGCAUCCUGCUGGGGAAUUGCCAGAAAUGGAGAAAACGACAGGCUCCGAAGUGCCUCCUGCUAAACCAUCUGAGCCCGAGGUGGCUCUGGAAAAAUCUCCUGAGGAAACCCCGGCUGCCGAGUCUUCUGAGAAACCUCCUGAGCCAGAACAGCAGAAGUCGUCUGCGGAUCCACAGGUUCAAGUGAAUUCCGAACCUGAGAAACAGGAGCAAGAAGCUGUGAAAGAAGUAGAGCCUAAGAAAGAGGAGGAGUCUGCCAAAGAGGUGGAGUCCAAACCCACUGCUGUGAAUGAAGCCAAGCCCAAAGAAUCUGAUGAAGGUGAGGAGACCAAGACAGAAGGAGGAGAGGAUAAGGUACAACCAGAGGCGGAUCCUCCAAAAGUGGCCGAAACCAAGCCGAAAGAGCCAGAGCUGCCUUUGUUCUUUGGCUGGUUCCUGCUUCCAGAGGAAGAGGAACGAAUUAAGUGUGCAACCAUGGAUUUUCUCAAGACGCUGGACACUUUAGAGGCCUUCAAAGAACACAUCAGCGAAUUUACUGGUGAGGCGGAGAAAGCAGUGGAUCUUGAGCAGUAUUUCCAGAACCCACUGCGUCUCCACUGCACUACAAAGUUCUGUGAUUAUGGGAAAACGGAGGGGGCUAAAGAGUAUGCAGAGCUACAGGUGGUCAAGGAAUCACUUGCCAAAUCUGAUGAGCUUUCCGUCACUGCUCUCAUAGUGACCCCUCGUACAUUUGGGGCCCGUGUGGCUUUGACGGAAACCCAGAUGAAGCUGUGGCCCGAAGGAGCGGAUAAAGAAGGGGUCGCCCCUGCCCUCUUGCCCAGUGUAGAGGCUCUUCCAGCAGGUAGCCGUGCCCACGUCACUUUAGGCUGCUCUGCAGGCGUGGAGGCGGUUCAGACCGGUUUGGAUUUGCUGGAGAUCCUGGCUCUGCAGAAAGAGGGCAAGGAGGGAACCCAGGUCGAGAUGGACUUGGGUACUUUGUCCUACCUGAGCGAGGGCCGCUGGUUCCUCACCCUGAGGGAACCGAUUACUGCAGACACCAACUUCUCUAGCUUCUCUGAGGACAAGCCCACCACCAGCGACCAGGGAAAAAAGGAUGGAGAAAAGAAAAAGAAAAAGUGCACCAUUCUGUGAGCGAAAGUGGGGAGGAGGAGGAGCAGAGAGGGGGGAACGAGGAGACAUUUUUCCUAAGGGCUCCGUCCCUCAAUUGGCUGAGGAUGAUGUUGUGAUUUUGCAUGUGUGUAGGUGGAUUGUGUGUAUGUUUCGCAGCUUUAGUGUGUGCACAGGGAUGGCUUGGGAUGAUUUAGCAGGUAGUGUGAGACCAGACAUUCCAAAGUGGCCUGCUGGCUCCCGGCUGUCUCUUAGCUGGUGCCUUUUUUCCUUUUGCCUGGCAACACAAGCUCAGAGGCCUUAGUAUCUGCCUUAAGGUCAUGGAUCACUCUGCUGGAAAGUUCACUCUGCGUUAGGUGCUAGUUUGCAUGGCUUUUUGGCUGCCACACCAUCCCUGUUCCCUUUACACAGGUACAUUCACGAUCGGUCUUCCUCACACUUGACACUUAGAUUUAGCACAACUUUACUGGUUUGAUUAACUGAUUUAUACUCCGUUCCAGUUCAGUUCUUGUUGAUUAGUUUAGGUGCAGAGUUUCAAAUUCCAUUUGAAGCUGUAUUUUUAAAAGGUUUGCCUUCUAGAUUCACAUUUAGAUCUUAAAUUUCAUGAAAUGGGACGUUUUGAUCCUUCAUCAGAGGAAGUUUUGGUAUAGAGUAUAAAUUUGUUAGUUUAGUUUGUUUUUUUGGGCGGGGUCCCUCUCUUUCUUCAGCCUUUGUGGAGCUGAUAAUUUCCAAGAAUUCAUGCUGCACUGCUGUUGUUAUAAUCUUACCGAUAGUGAUCUGUUGUGUGUGUGUGUGUGUGUGUGUGUGUGUGUGUGUGUGUUUGCAUGCCUUUUGCCCCCCCACCCCAAAAAAGACAUUGUUAAUCUCUCUCAUAAUCACGUAAAAAUUCACCAAGGUUUUUUUUUUAUCAAAUACAUCAAAACAUCUCUGCCAUGUUUUUAGGCUAAAAUGUGUGUGUGUGUCUGUAUAUGUAUGAAGUAGUGUUCUGUCCUACACUUAUCGUUUACACCGUGUUGGUCAGACCAUCGGAGAGCCCUUUAUUUGCUGAAUUUGCAGCCCGUCACAUUGGAUGAGACAUGCCUGUACUUCUCUUCAAUCUGUACAAUCAGCGCUUUCAUAAACCAGUAGAUUCAAGUGUGAUAGUAAACUUUCUCUCUGUCUCUCAUAUCAAUUUUGAAAAAAAAUUAUAAUAAUAUUCACUCUAAAUACUGUGACCGGCAUCUAUCUGAUGCCUUCCUCUUCUGUAGGUUUCUAGAUGGCCGAAGCCAUGCUUCUCGUAGGUCUCUGACAUCAAGGCACUAAUUUUUUGCUAUUACCUUGUUUUUCAUUUGUUUUUGUACACUUAAUAAAGAAUGUGCUUUGCUCUGAUAA